GCGGACCACACGCGCCCGUAAAAAGCGCAUGCGUGAACUUCACAUGUCCGUGUAUUUAUUUUAACUUGAGCGCUAUGCUGCUCACGAGGAACAUUUAACUCAGAGAAACGCGACUGUGGGCAGUUUAUUUUAGCUCGUUUACAGCACGACGGGUACUUUAGCUCAAGUGUAAAAUGGCGAACGACGGUUCAACAAAACUAUCGAAAAAUCUCCUGCGAAUGAAGUUCAUGCAGAGAGGUCUGGAUGCUGAUGUGAAGAAGCAGCUGGAUGAGGAGGAGAAGAGAAUCAUUAGUGAUGAACAUUGGUUCCUGGAUCUGCCUGAGCUCAAGGCCAAAGAGAACUACAUCAUUGAGGAGAGAAGUUAUGUUCCAUGUGAGGAUUUGGUUUAUGGCAGAAUGUCAUUCAAAGGCUUUAAUCCUGAUGUUGAGCGAUUAAUGGUUCUAAUGAACGCACCCAAAGAGGAAGAUGAGGUCAAUAAAGAGAUUGGAGGUAUAAACAAAAUGGACACCGAUAUAACAGAUGAAGAAAUGGCAAGAAGAUAUGAAAGUUUGGUUGGCAGCAUGAGGAAAAAGUUCGCCAAGAAGCGAGAUCACUCUGCAAUCAUUGACAGAGAAGAGGACGUAAACUCAAAUGUUGUUGACUGUAAACCAAAGAAAGCCUUCUUAAAGCCUCAAGACUGAAAUAUUUUAAACUCACAGAGAUGUUCACCUUAUAUGAUUUAUUUUAUAUACAAUGGACCUUUUUAGAUUUUUUAAAAUCUGUUUAGUGUCAGAAACAAAUGCCACUGUUAAAAGACCUUCUUUUUAAAGUGAAAAGAUACUGUGGAUUUAAUAGGACACCCUGAAUUGUUUUUUCCAAACUUAUAAUAAGAAAGCAAAAACUGUGACCUGAGUUUAAAGCCCAGUUUUUCCAAGCUUUUUACCGUCCAAGGUAUUUUUUUGUGGCAAAAUAUGUUUCUUGAGUGUGUUGUAACAAACUGAAUACAGAAGGUUUAGACGAUG